CGUCUGUGACAUUCCUCGUAAACUAAACAGGAAAACUACAGGUUCGAACUACACAUACGUUCGGGUUAUUACUGCCGUGGCUGUCUGAACCAAACGGGAGGUAUGGCGUCAAGUAGCAGUUGGGACCCUGACAGCUCCGAUGAAUCUCCGCUUCCCAAAAAGACGGUUGACCGUAUUCUAUAGUGGAUGUCCUUAUGAUUGGUGAACCACAUACGCCAUACGAAGGAGGAUUUUUUUAUUUCCGGAUUCACUUCCCUCCAAGCUACCCGAAGGAGGCACCGAAAGUAAAACUUGUUAAUACAGGCGGGGGCAGAGUACGUUUUAACCCAAACAUAUAUGCGAAUGGGAGAAUAUGUCAUACCAUGUUGGGAACAUGGGAACAGGAGAAGAACAGAUGGAAGCCGGAAUUCCGCCUUCUCGAUGUUCUCUUGGUGAUUCAGGACAUGUUACAAGAGAAUCCGUACAAGAAGGAACCUAUUGGAUACAAGAAAGAAUUUCCUGAUUUGCCGGGCAUGGAAAAGUAUAAUGAAGUAAUUCGUCACGAGACGCUGAGGGUUGCAGUGUGUGACAUGCUGGAGGGUCAGGUGAUCAUGCCGGAGGAAAUGCGUUGUACAGUGAAGAGACGGUUUCGUGAAUUCUAUCCCUGCUACAUGAAGACAUGCACAGAGAAUACCCGGUUGAAUGGAAUUUCGCUAAACGAUCAUGAUCCAUUUUCACACAUUGUUGAUGGACUCGUUUUUAUUACGCCUAUUGGUGUUCUUCCCUUAUUAAGGAUGGUAAACUUGAACCCAGAACCUAGAGAGGGGAACUUUGACUAUUCCAAAAUCCAAGAGAGACUGCACAAGAUAAAAGAAAAACUUGGUGAAAAAGAAGAAGAGAAAACUGCUUAAUAUUUGAUCAUUGAUGAAUGUUUAUCGACCGUUAGCCAUAUAUACGAUCUUGUAGACAAAUACAUUGCCAUGCAUAUGCAUAAAUAUUUGCAUGUGACGUAUUAAGUAACAGUAUACGUAUGCAUUAUCGUGUUCCUGAAUUACCUCAUCAAAUAAACAUGGAGGUAUUUAGGUACAAGUAUACGGAGUUUUGGGAAGAGAAAAAAUUAAAAAAAAAAACUUUGGGUGAAGAGAAAAUUUUUUUCUUACGUCGGGGGGAGGGGGGGGAAGGGGCCUAACUGGCCGAUCACAGGUCGUUUGCUAUCAAACAGCCACAGUCACAAUAUGGCAGCCACAGGCGAGCAUCUCUCACUGAUAACUACAUGUUUUGACUAGGAUCUUACCAUGAGAUAAAUAACUUGUAUUUUAAAUCAAGAACGAGGAUUUAAGUCAAGAACGGCUUGAUCGCACCACACGUCAAUUCCAAUCUGUUUAUGAACACAUAUUCCCAGCGGCCACGCUCAGUGCUUGUGGGCUUAUGUACGUG